AUGAAAAACAGUCUGUGCAAAAUAUGGGCAGUAGUCGCAUCAGUGGUUUCCCUUACCACUGCAGCAAACUGCACCCGUGAAGGACUACUCGCAGCAGCCAACAGCUACAUCGAUGCACAAACCAGCGGCAAGCCGUCCAGCCUACAGCUCAUCGCCACAAACUUCACCUACCAGCAAAACAACAAAAUCUCCGACAUCUCCAAAGGCCUUCUCUCUACUCCUUACAAAAUCGACCUCUCGCGAUCUACCGCCGACACGGUGGAAUGCGCUUCGUACACAAUGUGGAUCAGCUCGACGGGUUCCAAACCUUUUGUCGUGGGCACACAGAUCCGCCAUGCGAACAAUGAUACUUCGACCAUCACCAUGAUUGAUACCAUUGCUGCUACAACCGGGGAUCUCUUCUUCGACGCGAAGAAAACACUCGGGUACAUCAAGGCAGAGGACUGGAGCCCGAUCAAUUCUACGGCUUCGCGGCCUUCCAGAGACCUGUUGAAGAAGGUCGGAGAUGGGUAUCUGGAUAUGUGGACGGAUCCAAAAGCUGCCGAUAGCAUUCCGUGGGGCACACAGUGUGAGCGCGUCGAGGGGUCACAGUAUACCAAUCCAUGUGGCAAAGCCCUUCCACAUGGGGGGAGUGCGAAACCGAAUGGCAACCGACGUUAUGUCAUUGACGAAGAGAGCGGGAGUGUGGAUGUGCUGUGCGAGUUCUCUAGCUUGGGCGCAUGGCCGGAUAGCCAUGAGAUCAGAGUCAUUGACGGUAAAGUCAAGUAUGUGCAUACAAUUACCGUCAUGAAGACGUAG